AGCUCCAAGCUGCUGUGGAGGAGGUUCUCCCAGACCUUCAGCGCGACGGCAUCCGCGUCUUCUACCUCAGCUCCACCUCGCCCACGCCGGGGGUGGAAGCCCUGCUGCCCGCCAUCGAGAAGACCUCUGACGAACCCCUCCCCGCCCACCACCGCGCCGGCAUCACCGCCGACUCCAAAGCCAUCUACAUCUACACCUCCGGCACCACCGGGUUGCCCAAGGCAGCGGUGAUUACCGAGCUGAAGCUGAUGAUGGUGGCCAACCUGGGGCGCCUCUGCGGCCUGCGACCCGAUGAUGUCGUCUACACCACGCUACCGCUCUACCACUCGGCCGGGCUGCUCAUCGGGGUGGGCGGGUGCUUCGAGGUCGGAGCCACCUGCGUCCUACGGGCCAAAUUCUCCGCCUCCCAGUUCUGGGAUGACUGUCGCCGCUACAACGUCACUGUCAUCCAAUAUGUGGGCGAACUCAUGCGCUACCUCUGCAACACACCCAAGCGCCCCGAUGACCGGGAACAUGGGGUACGCUUGGCCUUGGGCAACGGUCUUCGGGCAGAAGUGUGGAAGGAGUUCCUCCAGCGCUUCGGCCCCAUCUCCAUCUGGGAAUUUUAUGGGGCCACCGAGGGCAACGCCGGCUUCAUCAACUACACCGGCAAGAUCGGAGCUGUGGGUAGAGCCAACGUGUUCCUCAAGAGUUUCGCUCCCUUUGAGCUCAUCAAGUACAACGUGGAGGAGGACGAACCCAUCCGAGACGAACGAGGUCUCUGCAUGAGAGUCAGUCCCGGUGAGACGGGGCUGUUGGUCAUCAAAAUCACCAAGAACACCCCUUUCCACGGCUACGCGGGUGAUUCCCAGAAGACGGAGAAGAAGGUCUUGAGGAACGUCUUGGUCAAAGGCGACGCUUUCUUUAACAGCGGUGACCUCCUCAUGAUGGAUCAUGAAAGAUUCAUCUACUUCCAGGAUCGCGUGGGAGACACUUUCCGUUGGAAAGGUGAGAACGUGGCCACCACAGAGGUGGAGGCCACUCUUGCUAUGGUAGACUUCAUCCAGGAGGUCAACGUCUACGGAGUGGCCGUGCCGGGUUGCGAGGGAAGAUGCGGCAUGGCGGCCAUCCGCCUGAAGACCGGGACCAAAUUUGAGGGCCAGAACCUCUACGCCUUCACCGGGGACACGUUGCCCGCCUACGCCGCCCCCCGCUUCGUGCGCAUCCAGGACGCCCUGGAGAUCACGGGGACCUUCAAGCAGUGCAAAGGCAACUUGGUCAAAGAAGGCUUUGACCCCAACGUCAUCAAAGACCCCCUCUUCUUCCGCGACGACAAGAAAAAGUCCUAUGUGCCCUUGAACCCCACCACCUACGCCGCCAUCAUGGACAUGAAGCUCAACCUGUAG